AUGGUUGAGCAACGUAUACAGGCCCUGAAUGACCUAGACAACCUUUAUGUCUCUGUCUUCAAUGGGUCUUCGCCGGGCCAUGCUGAAGAAGAUAAACUCGAGACACAAGUGAAAGCAGCUGAAGAGAUCUUCAAUCCCAUACAGAACAGCUAUAGCCAUGUGGCCUCGGUGGUUAACUACAUCACGAUGGCUCGCGCACGCGUCACCUUUGCCGCCGGGAGCGCGGCAAAGGCUCUCAAAAUAUCCGAGUCCGACAUCUUCGAUCUCAAAGCUGGAGCCAGUAUCAGAGCUAAUCACAACUUCAACUCAGCAGUAGCUGACCGGCAAGAACGUGAGCAUUUGAACUGGGUCCGGCGUAGUCUGGCUGAAGCCUCUCAAUUCCUCGCUAUGGCUCACGAGAUUGACCCCGAGGUCGAUGGGUUUGCGAUGCCCAAGGUUGCAGACGGGAAAAGCGUAGCGGGUAGACUCGACGACUGGAUCAACACACCAGUGACUGACUACUUCUUCCAUCGGGAGAUUCAGGACACGGCAGAGGGUAUAGCCAUGGCGGGCGCGAUAGUGGACGAGCAGCUGCGGUUAGCUGAGGAGAAGAAGAGAGUAUGGACUGAAAAGAGGGAUGCGGCUGGCAAUAACCUCAAACAGGCAAGAGAAGUUUUACAUCAACUACGAGCCCGAAUCUUUGAAGAUGCUGUCAAUAGCAAAGGAGCUUCAACGGUGCCGUCUUAUGAGGAAACAGCAGCGGAUGAGCACCUGCCACAGUGUACAGAAACAGAUAGAUCUUAG